AUGACAUCCACACCGUCCUCUAUCAGCCGCAUCAAUGCGACGGCCAUCGAGAAUGCAUUUCCUACCCCACCGACGCGCGAAAUGGCGUCAGAUGGUGCAUUCCAUCUCAAAGGCCGCAUAUCGCCAGCCCCCCUCAAAUUUCCGCUCUUACAACGCGCUCAAUCGACACCUCCUGACCUGACGCGCCCAACGAAAUUCGCGAUAGUUUCAAAGAGCUCACAAGGGCAACAGUCGGAUGUCGCCAGCUUGGAGCAAUCAUGGAGCCGACUGCAUUUGUCCAAGAAGAGGAGUCAGUACUACGAUGAUGCUUUUGCCUACCGUGAGUCAAGCAAUACGGCAAAGGAGCGCGUUGCGAAAGACUGGGUGAUCCUGGCCGAGAUCAAGUUGAAUUGCUGCCUCGAAUCCGAAAAAGAAUUCCUCAUCGACCUGUCGUUUCGCUUGUCUGAAAUUUAUCAACGUCCUGCCUCGUGCAUUAUGGUCAUGGUAUCCACUGACAUCCCAAUCCUGCUCGGCGGGAACUCUGAACCAGCAUACCACCUCACUAUCACGGCUUUACCGUUAGAAAUAGCAGCCACAAAGAACAAAAGAAGUACACAUUUGAUUCAGGAUUUUAUUCAUGACACACUUCACAUUCCGCCAAAACGGGGCGUUGUGCGGUUUGAUGCCGUUGCGGAAGAGAAUCUGGCAACAAACGGGUUGACUGCGCUUCAAGAGAUUGAGCACCUGGAAAGACAGUCCAACGACGAAGACGGGAUGAUGAGGGCACUUAGUCGACAAAGAAGUCGACGAAGCAAGAAAUCAACUGCGCCAACUUUUGCAGAGAGGUUUCGUGUUGGUCUACCCUCUAUCAGGUCGACCACCCCUUCGACUCAGUUCUUCAAUACGGUGGAAACAACAGAGUUGAAAACGACUUUAACCAGCGGCGGUGGCAAGAAACGUGUCAAGAAGAGGCAAAGUAUUUUAGGUUUCUUCAGGAAAUGA